AUGGACCGGUGCGUUCGGGGCGUCCUCGAAGACCUUGCGGCUUUGCGUCCCGACAUAGUCGUGAGCCUUCGAGGGCCGUCGUCGUCGUGGAUGUGGACCGUGCCUUUCGACAACACCUAUUCGGCACUCGAGCGAGCGAGACUCGCCAAAAUUGAAAAGUAUGCGCCUUUGGCGCUCGCGCUGAGCGGGCGCGGUUACUCCGUGUACGUCGACGGCUUCGUUGUGGUGCCCUGUGCGUCUCACAACGAGAAGAUCAUCUCUCUGUUGCGCGUCUCGUCGAGGUACGCAGCCUUGAUGAGGCGGCUGAUGGUUUCCGAGACAGUCGCGUGGUCCCGUGACAUGUACGUCGAAUAUGUCACGGGUGUUCGGCAGUACAGCGCACCAGGGUCGGCCGCUCGGGAUGCGGCGACUCUCGCGAGUACAUUUCCGACCGGUUCCGCGUCGGUUAACAUCGCGGCUCCAGGCGCAACAAUUGCGCUCGAAAAGCAAAAACGAUUUAAAAACUCAUUUGAUAAAAGCGUU